AUGGGGUUCACACCAGUACACGAAGAGCACCAGUACCUCAACCUGGUCCGCGAGAUCUUGGACCAGGGUGAGCGAAGACCCGAUCGCACCGGCACCGGCACCCUGUCCAUCUUCGCUCCCCCCAGCUUCAAAUUCCAGCUCAACGACAACGGCCGCCCCAUCCUCCCCCUGCUCACCACCAAGCGAGUCUUCCUCCGCGCCGUCAUCGCCGAGCUCCUCUGGUUCAUCGAGGGCAACACCUCGUCCACCGCCCUCAGCGACGUGGGCGUCAAGAUCUGGGACGGCAACGGCUCCCGCGAGUUCCUCGACAGCGUCGGGCUCACCCACCGCGACGUCGGCGACCUGGGCCCCGUCUACGGCUUCCAGUGGCGGCACUUUGGCGCAGACUAUGUCGAUGCUCAAACAGACUACGCCGGCAAGGGCGUCGACCAGCUGGCCGAGAUCAUCCACAAGCUGCGAAACAGCCCCUACGACCGCAGAAUGAUCCUCAGCGCAUGGAACCCAAAGGACUUUAAGAGCAUGGCUCUGCCGCCCUGUCACAUGUUUGCCCAGUUCUACGUUUCCUACCCCGGACGGGGACGAGGACAAAACGCCGAGGAACCGACAGAGGAGAACAAACCCAAGGGCCACCUCCACUGCCAGCUAUAUCAGCGAUCCUGCGACAUGGGCCUCGGCAUCCCGUUCAACAUUGCGAGCUACGCAUUGCUGACACAUAUGCUCGCCCACGUUUGCAAUCUUGUACCGGGAACAUUUACCCAUGUCAUGGGAGACGCACAUGUCUACAUUGACCACAUCGAUGCUCUUCGAACACAGCUGGAGCGCGAGCCGCGACCUUUCCCCGAGCUGGAAAUCACACGGGAAAAGGGCGGUAGCAUCGACGGCUGGAAAGUAGAAGACUUUGUGGUCAAGGGAUAUGACCCCCAUAAAUCAAUUCCUAUGAACAUGUCUGUAUAA